CAUCAUGGCGGUGUGUGGCGCGGCGGCUGCAGCAGGAGGCGGCGGAGGGCGCUGGUAUUUCAGCCGAGAGCAGCUAGCGCGCAGCCCUUCCCGGCGCGCGGGGCUCGAUGCAGACAAGGAGCUGUCGUACCGGCAGCAGGCAGCCAACCUGCUUCAGGAUAUGGGCCAGCGCCUAACUGUUUCCCAACUGACUAUCAAUACAGCUAUUGUCUACAUGCAUCGGUUCUACAUGGUUCAAUCUUUUACUCAAUUUCAUCGAAAUUCUGUAGCACCAGCUGCCCUUUUCCUGGCAGCCAAGGUGGAGGAACAACCUCGGAAACUGGAGCAUGUCAUCAAGGUCGCUCAUGCCUGUCUGCAUCCUCAAGAUGCUCUUCCAGAUACCAGGAGUGAGGCUUACCUGCAACAAGCCCAAGACCUGGUCAUUCUAGAGAGCAUAAUACUGCAGACCCUGGGGUUUGAGAUCACCAUAGACCAUCCUCACACUCAUGUGGUGAAAUGCACACAGCUAGUGCGAGCCAGCAAGGAUCUGGCGCAGACGUCCUACUUUAUGGCUACCAACAGCCUUCACCUAACCACCUUCAGCCUGCAGUACACCCCUCCCGUUGUGGCCUGCGUCUGCAUCCACUUGGCCUGUAAGUGGUCCAACUGGGAGAUCCCAGUCUCCAUGGACGGGAAGCACUGGUGGGAGUACGUUGAUGGCACUGUAACUCUGGAACUCUUGGAUGAACUUACUCAUGAAUUCCUGCAGAUCCUUGAGAAAACUCCUAACCGGCUGAAACGAAUCAGGAAUUGGCGGGCCUGCCAGGCAGCCAGGAAAUCAAAGACUGAUGAUCAAGGUGAUGAUGAUUGCCUCUCAGAACAGACCAUUCUCAGCAUGAUCUCCAGAAGCUCCUCUGACACAACCAUUGCAGGUCUGAUGAGCAUGUCUACUUCCUCGACUGCUGGAGGCCUUGCUUCGCUUUCAGCUGCAGCAGGCGACUCUCCAGGGGACCUUGGCACAGAUGUGAUGUCAGCAGACUGCUGGAUGGCUCAACACCCAUCACAUAAAUUGGAGGUCAGCCAUAGGGCCAGUGAAGUGUCUACCAGCACAGAUCAUCCACAUCUCGAUAACAGUAGUGGCCCCUUCUCUAAGCAGAGCAUUAAAAGUGCGCCAUUGGCCAAAGUAUCAUUAAAGGAGUAUCGUGCCAAACAUGCUGAAGAACUAGCUGCACAGAAACGUGAGCUGGAAAACAUGGAGGCAAAUGUACGUUCCCAAUACGCCUAUGCUGCUCAGAACCUGCUUGUGCAACAGCAACGGGAACGGGAUGUGCAGCAGCAAGAGAAUAACCCAUCUCCCAUCAUUCUGAAAAUCCCAUUGGGUGGCAGCUCUGAUGGUUCUGAACGGCUCCCCACUGAAAAGCCUGAUAAGACCUCCUCUGCCCUCAAAGUUCGGCUGACUGCAGUGGGGGACAAACCUGCUGUCUCUUCCUCCAAACCGGAGGAAAUAAAAAUGCGCAUCAAGGUGCCGACUCUGUCAGAACGGCCAGGCUCUUCUGAUGAAUGUAGCGGCAAGAGCCGAGGAGAGCACAAGGAAAAACUUAAGGUCCAUUCUUCUAACCACCACCACAACCAUCAUUCUCACAAACAUUCACAUGCACAACCUGUUGCCAGCACCAAGCGGUCAGUGGACUCCAAGCAUGGUAACCAAAGUGGCAUUGCAUCCCAUAAAGGUUUUGUCCCAAUUUGUUCCUUCCGCAAGAGACCACUUUCUGAGGAGGCCUCAGCUGCGGCACAUGAACAUCAGCCAAAAAUCAGCAAGAAUUCAAAAGGGCCCCCCAUGCCGUUUCCCUUUCCCCAGCACCCUGUGCAUAGCUUGGAUGCAGCUGGUCUCCCUUUUGUCCAGGGCAGCAAAACCAGAGGGGCUCCAGGGAAACUGGACAAGAGCACUGCCGGGGCCAAUGGGCAUAACAUGAACCAGGCCAUUGAUUACCAGGAUACAGUGAACAUGCUGCACUCCUUGCUCAGUGCACAGGGCAUGCAGCCCACCCAGCCUCCCACCUUUGACUUUGUACACUCAUAUGGCGAGUACUUGAACCCCAGAGCUGCUGCGAGUGUGGAUAAACCACGGCCGCCCCCUCUACCUUCAGAACCUCCCCCUCCCCUGCCGCCUCUCCCCAAGUGAUUCCCGUUUUUAACUACUGAGGUUGGGCUGCUCUCUGCUGAGGGCAUGUUGCUCGUAGUGAUCUCCACUGCCUUGUGUGAAUGCCCGAACCCCUUUUUAAAACAUUUUUUAUUAUUGGUAUGAGAAUGUGGAGCCCUUGAAGCUGUGAAAAGAUGCACCCAUCUUUCUCCAUGUGCUUCCCCCACCCCUCCAGUCUUACUGGAAAGAAAUGGGGGUAUGUUUCCUGUCAGACUGAUUUGAAGGUCAUGAAACAACAGGAGAUGGCAUAGGGCUAUUUAAAAUUGUUGCAGUCUUUCUCCUAAAAGACAUUUAAAAUAAUUUAAAAAUAAGUUAUAUAUGUUCUUAGUGUUGAUUUUAUUUUUCUAAGGUGGACAAAGGAAAGGGAUUACAGCAGAAACUGAAACGAAGGCAGGGCUCAUGGGCUUUGCUCGCUUCUUAAGUGUUGCUUGUCCUGGUGGAAGUUGCUUCCCUCUGAAUGGAGGCAGUGAAGGGUUGAUAGGAUGAAAAGGCAGGAAAACUUUCUGAGGAAGGCAUGAGCAUUUACCAGAAGCAUAAUGGUUGGGUAGGGGGUGGAGUUUCCCCCCUCAAUUUCUCCCUACUGUGGCUUUUGGUUGCUCACCAGUGAGUGUGGAGACAGAUGGCAGACCUGUAUUUCCAAGAAACUUUGGAAACAGCAAAGUGUGUGUUUUCGUUUCUGGCUUUUGUCCAGCCCUUCCUGCUGAGCGGGAAGGAUGUGGGAACGUGGCUUCCUUAACCUUUCACUUCCUGCCUUGACCACAUUGCUUCCAUUCGGGUGCCCUGCUACUUUGUGUCCCACCUAGUAUAAGGCAUUGAAAAUAAUUUUGAUGGGACUAUGUUAUAAAGGUGGUCAGGAUUGUGUGUUCCUGCAGGAACUCUUUGAGGGUGCCUUCAAAAAAGAGGGUCUUUGCAGCAACUUAUCUGGGAAGUGGGGGUUAGUUUGGGAAGAGGAGCGGGAAGGGAGGCAGAAAGUCAAUGUAAAUGUUAGAACAGUAAUCGUGAUUCUGGGAUGCUUUAAAUUGUACUUAAACUGCAUUAUGGGAAACGAGAUUUUCAUAUUUGCUAGAAGCAGAAAAGCUUUUCAAAGUAUUUGUAAAGACAGCAGUGAGUGGAAUCAGGCAUAUUUGGAUUGGAGAAUAGAGGAGUGAAAAGAGCUGGUAAAACCUAGAUGAAUAAAUGGGAACUUGCUUGUCUCCUCAUUAAUGAUGUCUGCCAACAAUAUAAACCUAUGGCCAGGUUUACUGUGUCCUGACUUUGAGGUCUACAGGAAAAUGUGGGAAUUGAUCCUGUGUAAGUUGAUUCAGAGACAUAUUCCAGCCUAGGUUUGUAUAGCAAAAGGCAUAACAUUCUGAUCUGAUUCUCCAGUACUGUGUUAAAGUUAAAUGGGGUUAUUCUUUUUAAAAGUGGCCAUAUAUUUAGUGUUUCUGUAGAUGACAUCUGAGUGCUUGUUCAUUUGGCAGGAUUCAGCCUUGGUUUGUCGCAUCAUAACAAUUGGACUGAACCCUUGGUUGGUACUAAUAAAUCUUGGCUUUGCUGUCCUUUGAGUAUACAUUUCCUAGUUCAGCAAAGUAUUUCAGGGCAUUCCCACUGCUCUGAAGAAAUUUCCAAAUUAAAAUCUGGAGGAUUGUGUGGUGUAAAGCAUUGUGGUUUUCUUAGCUGGAAUGGAAUGCUUUGACUAAUAUAUAUCAAUAGAAAUCUAUUCCAGUGUGUUAAUAUCAACUAAAAGAUGUGAACAAACAGGGCUAGCAAUGGCCUAGGUUUGCAGUCCCAUGUGAGAAAAGUUUAAUUGCUGCUGGUUAGAUAGAGUGUAUCAUGUUUAAAACAACAAAAGACACUCAUCUGUGGGUAUCUGUUUGGUUUUUAUUGAAGUGUUUCCUCUUAAUUUGGAACAAUAACUAUUUUCCCACCACCUCUUAAUUCCUAAAGCAAUGGUGUCUCAGCUGUUGAUGGUCACAAACUUUGGCUCUGGUUUCACAUAAUCUUUCGGAAAUUUUUUAAUUCCCAGCUCAUAUUAUUACUAUUCUAAGUUUCAAUAAAUGUACUGUCUCCACAA